AUGGUAAACAAAAUUGGAGGGAGAUAUACGGUAACUUUGAUACCUGGCGAUGGAAUAGGAAAGGAAAUAUCGGAAUCAGUGAAAACUAUCUUUAAAUCGCAAAAAGUUCCGGUUGAUUUUGAGCAAAUUGAUGUUACAGGGAAAAUUAAGCCAGAUGAAGAAAAUGAUUUGUUUAAACAGGGUAUUGAGUCACUUAAGAGGAAUAAAAUAGGCUUAAAAGGAAUUUUAUAUACACCUUUGGAUUGUAGUGAUCAUUCUAGUUUUAAUGUUUCACUUAGGAAAGUACAAGAUUUGGAUGUAUAUGCAAAUUUGACAUUGAUUAAGAAUAUACCUGGAUGUAAAACGCCACAUAAUAAUGUGGAUUUUGUUAUUAUUCGUGAAAAUACAGAAGGAGAAUAUUCUGGUUUAGAACAUCAAUCAGUACCAGGUGUUGUUGAAUCGCUUAAAAUAAUUACGCGUAUAAAAUCUGAAAGAAUAUCUCGAUUUGCAUUUGAUUUCGCCUUGAAAAAUAACAGGAAAAAGGUUACUGUUGUUCAUAAGGCUAAUAUUAUGAAAUUGGGUGAUGGAUUAUUUCGUAAGACUUUUUUCGAAAUUGCUAAAGAUUAUCCACAAAUUGAGGCUACUGAUUUAAUUGUUGACAAUGCAAGCAUGCAAGCCGUUAGUAAUCCUCAAAAAUUCGAUGUUCUUGUAACUCCCAAUUUGUAUGGAAGUAUUUUAAGCAAUAUUGGUGCUGCUUUAGUAGGUGGCCCUGGUUUAAUUCCUUCUGCAAAUUAUGGUGAUGAAUAUGCUUUAUUUGAACCUGGCUGUCGCCACGUUGGUUUUGAUAUUGCCGGUAAAGAUAGAGCUAAUCCAACCGCACUCAUUUUGUCUUCAACUAUGCUUUUACGUCAUUUAUCUUUAGACGAUUAUGCCGAUGCAAUAGAACGUGCUGUUUAUGAUGUUAUCUUAGAAGGAUCCGUUAGAACCCCUGAUAUGAAAGGAAACUCUUCUACUACCGCCUUUACAAAUGCUAUUCUUCAUCGAUUAAAUCAAUUUACUUGA